AUGUCCGCCAAGUCGAUCCUCGAGGCCGACGGCAAGGCCAUCCUCAACUACCACCUCACUCGAGCCCCUGUCAUCAAGCCGAGCCCUCUGCCCAACCCUACCAAGCACAACGCGCCCGCCAGGCUGGCCUCUCUCCACUUCCCCGAAGACGCCAACGUCGAGGAUAUCCUGGACCAGGCUGAGAUCACCUUUCCCUGGCUUCUCCAGCCCGGCGCCAAGUUCGUCGCAAAGCCCGAUCAGCUCAUCAAGCGGCGAGGCAAGAGCGGCCUGUUGGCCCUGAACAAGACCUGGGCUGAGGCCAAGGCUUGGGUUGCGGAGCGCGCCGGCAAAGAGCAACAGGUCGAGCACACGACGGGCGUCUUGAGACAGUUCCUCGUCGAGCCUUUUGUCCCCCAUCCCCAGGAUACCGAGUACUACAUCAACAUCAACUCUGUCCGAGAUGGUGACUGGAUCCUCUUCACGCACGAAGGCGGUGUGGAUGUUGGUGACGUCGAUGCAAAGGCUGAGAAGCUCUUGAUUCCCGUCGAUUUGUCGGAGUACCCUUCCAAUGGUGACAUUGCCGCCGCUCUGCUCAAAAAUGUCCCCAAGGGAGUGCACAAUGUGCUCGUCGACUUCAUCACCCGGCUAUAUGCCGUUUACGUCGAUUGCCAGUUUACCUACCUCGAGAUCAACCCCCUGGUUGUCAUUCCCAACGCGGACAACACUUCAGCUGCCGUCCACUUCCUCGAUCUGGCCGCCAAGCUGGACCAGACGGCCGACUUUGAGUGCGGAGUCAAGUGGGCGAUUGCGCGGUCGCCUGCCGCGCUGGGCCUGACUAACGUGGCCCCGGUCAAUGGCGAGAAGAUCAACAUUGACGCCGGUCCCCCGAUGGAGUUCCCGGCUCCCUUUGGCCGCGAGCUGACCAAGGAAGAGGCCUACAUUGCCGACCUGGACGCAAAGACUGGCGCCUCGCUCAAGCUGACGGUUCUCAACCCCAAUGGCCGCAUCUGGACUCUGGUGGCCGGUGGUGGUGCUUCGGUCGUCUACGCCGAUGCCAUUGCCUCGGCCGGUUUCGCCGACGACCUGGCCAACUACGGCGAGUACUCUGGUGCGCCGACCGAGUCGCAGACGUACCACUACGCCCGGACCGUGCUGGAUCUGAUGCUCCGGGCUCCCAUGUCGGACAAGGGCAAGGUGCUCUUCAUUGGCGGCGGCAUCGCCAACUUUACCAAUGUCGCCAGCACCUUCAAGGGCGUCAUCCGUGCUCUGCGGGACUACGCGACGCAGCUGAUUGAGCACAACGUGCAGAUCUGGGUGCGUCGCGCGGGUCCCAACUACCAGGAGGGCCUGAAGAGCAUGAGGGCGGCGACGCAGGAGAUGGGGCUCAAUGCAAAGACGUUUGGACCCGAGAUGCACGUCUCUGGCAUCGUGCCUCUGGCGCUCGUCCCCGGCAAAUGGGAGGAGAGCAAGGUGGACGAGUUCAAGGGCUAG